AUGGCUGAGAACGGCGACAAACAGGCAGGCCCCGAGCCUAGCAACAGGGUGGUUAUUGGUGUUACCUUCGGCAACAGCAACAGUUCCAUCGCCUACACUGUCGACGACAAGGCCGAAGUUAUUGCCAACGAGGAUGGAGAUCGUCAAAUUCCCACAGUCCUGUCAUACGCUGACGGUGACGAGUACUAUGGUGCCCAAGCCAAAGCCUUCCUGAUUCGCAAUCCCAACAACACUGUAGCCUACUUCCGCGACUUCCUCGGGCAAGAAUUCAAGUCCAUCGACCCCACACACUGCCAUGCCGCCGCCCACCCCCAGGAAGCUGAGGGCACCGUAUCUUUCACCAUCAAGGACAAGGGUAGUGAGGAGGAUGCUUCGACUGUUUCCGUCCCCGAAAUCUCUGUUCGCUACCUGCGCCGUCUGUUCGGAGCCGCUACAGACUACCUGGGCAAGAAGGUCACAUCUGCCGUCAUCUCUGUACCCACAAACUUCAGUGAGAAGCAGCGCGAGGCUCUCAUCAGCGCCGCAAAGGAGGCCGAAGUUGAGGUCCUCCAGCUGAUCUCUGACCCUGUCGCUGCGGUUCUUGCCUACGAUGCCCGCCCCGAGGCCGAGGUCAAGGACAAGAUCGUCGUUGUCGCCGACCUUGGUGGUACCCGCUCCGACGUUGCUGUUGUGGCCUCCCGAGGUGGCAUGUACACUGUUCUGGCAACCGCUCACGACUACGAAUUUGCCGGUGUCCACCUUGACAACGCCCUCAUCGAGUACUUUGCCAAGGAGUUCAUCAAGAAGCACGAGACUGACCCUCGCUCCAACCCCAGGAGUCUGGCCAAGCUCCGUGCCGAGUCCGAGGCUACCAAGAAGGCCCUGAGCCUGGGAACUAAUGCGCAGUUCAGCGUGGAGAGCUUGGCAGACGGAUACGACUUCUCCGUUACCAUUAACAGGAUACGAUACGAAAUGGUUGGACGCAAGGUCUUCGAGGGUUUCAACCGCCUCGUCGAGGGCGUUGUCAAGAAGGCCGGCCUUGACGUCCUUGACGUCGACGAGGUUAUCAUGUGCGGUGGAACUUCUCACACCCCUCGUAUCGCCAACAACUUCCGCGGUAUCUUCCCCGAGACCACGGCCAUCCUGGCCCCCGCCACCAGCACCGUGGCUAUCAACCCCUCCGAGCUCCAGGCUCGUGGUGCCGCUCUGCAGGCCUCUUUGAUCCAGGAGUACGAGGCCGAGGACAUUGAGCAGUCCACCCACCCCGCCGUUACCACCGUCAAGCACAUCUCCAACGCCAUUGGUGUCACAACCGUCGGCCCUGAUGGUGAGGCUUUCACGCCUGUCAUGGCUGCUGAGACCGCUGUCCCCGCCCGCCGCACAGUGCACAUCCCCGCCCCUAAGGAGGGUGGCGAUGUCCUGAUCAAGGUUGUCGAGGCUGGUACCCACAUCAAGGUCACCAAGCCCGAGCCCAAGGAGAAGGAGGAGAAGGACGAGGACGAGGACGACUCCGAUUUCGACUCCGAUGAAGAGGAGGAAGAGACCCGGGAGAAGAUCUGGAAGAUUGGCAGCGCCCUCGCCGAGGCCGCCAUCAGGGGUGUCAAGGCAGGAAGCAAGGUCGAGGUCACCAUCAAUGUUGCAGCGGACCUGAGCGUCAUUGUUACCGCACGGGAAGUCGGCGGCAAAGGUGGCGUCAGGGGAAACCUGAAAGCCCCUUAA